UACAGUCGAGUGUUUUAUGAUAAAUCAUUUCAACAAUGAUUUCGUUUAUAUUUUCUAUCAUACUGAUUGCGAACGUUUUCGCUGAUCCAAAUAAUGCACAAACUACACCUCCGGCAAACAACGGCGAAAAUAGUCAACGUUCUUUAAACAGCUUCAUUCAACCGGGUAGCUAUGAAAGUAGUUCUAGUGGCACUAUCUAUGGCGGUGGAGGUUUUAGCAGCCUUGUUGGCGGAGGCAGCAGUUCAAGAUACACUAGUGGUGGUGGUAGCAUUGUAGGUGGUGGUGGCAUGGUAGGUGGGGGUAGUAUUGUAGGUGGUGCAAUAAGUGAUGGAUCAAGUGGCAGUUUAAGUAGUAUAAACCCCCAACGUAUAGCCAUAACUGGAAGUAGAACACGAAUAGUUGGUGGCAGUUCUGAUUUGUCAAGUGGUCUUGAAAGCUAUGUAGGCGGAAGAAUUGGUGGAAUGAUUAAUGAGCAACUUGGUGGAUUUCCUGGAUAUGUUAAUGGUAAUGUUAUGGUAUAUCCUGAUUAUACAGAAAGUAGAUCCAGUUAUUAUCCGGAUGGUAAUUUCGCUUUUGACUAUGGCCAGUUUUCCUGGCCACAGCCAGGGAAUGAUAAUAUCAAUAAUUAUCCUGGCAACAGCCCCACUUAUGACAAUAGAGAUGUUACUGGUUUUUGGAAAAUAAUUAAUGCAUACUUCGGCAACGGCGGAUCGAGUUAUGACAAUAGAGCCAUUUAUAAUUUAUGGAAGAGAAUUAACGAUUAUUUCGGUAGCGGUGGCUCUAAUUAUGACAAUACAGGAGUUUCUAAUUUAUGGAGAAUAAUUAAGAGUUAUCUCGGCACUGGCUCUAACUACGACAAUAGGGCAAUUACUACUUUAUGGAAAAUAAUUAAUGGUUAUCGUGGCAGCACCUCUAGUUAUCCUAAUGGGAUAGUACCAUCUAAUGGUUUGAACAUGAAUCCUGGAUACCCUUCCGUUGGGCAGCCCCCUAUUACAAAAAAAAUAGUGAUCCUUGUUCAAGGUGUACCUACAUUGGUGUCAGUUGGAGGCAGUGGUUCUUCGGGAGGUAGUGAUUAUUAUGUUAAUCCUGUCUACCCAAGCAUUGGAAAUCCUAGACCAAGUUUUCCUUCGGUUCCUAUUCCUGGUUUCCCUUACCCUUACCCUAUACCACGGGCUCCAAGGCCAAAUUUACCUUUGCAACCAACUCCUCAUGGCUCUAACUCACCUUGGAUCUAUCCUAACUUCGAAACUCCUUCCCUUUAUCCUAGUUAUCCAAAAUUUCCACCAAGUGCUUCUAAAGUUCCCAAUUUGUGGGAAAUUCUCAGAAAUAUUUUUAAAAUUGGUGGAACCAAUACUUACCCUUCGGUUGAAAGGAUCUCUACUUCAAAAAUAAUCAUUCGUAAAGGCCCAAAUUAUUGGGUUAUAACUAACAGCAGCCCUAGUAUUGUAAAUCAACUUCGUUUAUGGUUUAAACAAAAUUAUGGAAAAAGUCAAAUUAGUACUCCACUUUCCUCUUGGAUUGCAAAUACAAACAACGUUAUUCCCCAAGUUCCUAACCCAUGGGAAAUAACACUCGGCUCCGACAGAAACUCUGGAUUUGGUAUACCUGCACUAUCCAACUGGUAUAAAGGAACUUAUGGCAACCGCCAAGUUUACCCUGAAUUAUCAUUAUGGAACACAAACUCAGUUAAGAAACCUUCUGAUCUUUCUGGUUUGAUUUCUGGAAUUUCUGGUUUGAUUUCCAGCAACGGUGGCAACUUUAAUAAUGACCUAAGUUCGGGUAUUGGCGGCAGUUCUGGUUUUGUUGGCAACUCUGGUUAUGAUGGCAAUUCUGGUUUUGGCAGUAGUUUUGAUGUUGAUGGCAGUUCUAGUUUUAGCGGCAGUUCUAGUUAUGGCAGCAGUUCAGGUUAUGGCGACAGUUCUGCUUAUGGCCGUAUUUUCGGUUCAGGAGGCAGUUCUGGUUUUAGCGACAGUACAGGUUUUGAGAGUAGUUCUGGUUUUGGUAACGGAUUUGGUUUUGGAAGCGGUUCCGGUUUUGAUAGCAGUUCUUAUUAUCCAGAAUUCACUUAUCCAGACAGCAAUUCAUUCGGACAAUGAUUCCCUCGAGUGUAACAUACAGAAGCCUUUUGACAAGCAGUGAAUUGUUUCAUUUCCUUCGUCAUUUAGCCGUCGUGUAAUGAUAAACCUUAUUCUGGAUUGAAAGUUUAAUAAAAAGCAU